GAUACGCGUCUCGGAGGGACACGCGGCUCUCCGUGUCCUUCUGGGUUUCCUGCUCCCGUCUCCGGACCUUAGCUCUGCCAUGGCUCCUAAAGGCGGCUCCAAGCAGCAGUCCGAGGAGGACCUGCUCCUUCAGGACUUCAGCCGCAACCUGUCGGCCAAGUCGUCGGCGCUCUUCUUCGGCAACGCCUUCAUCGUGUCCGCCAUCCCCAUCUGGUUGUAUUGGCGGAUAUGGCAUAUGGAUCUUAUCCAGUCUGCUGUUCUCUACAGUGUGAUGACAUUAGUAAGCACUUACCUAGUAGCCUUUGCAUACAAGAAUGUGAAAUUUGUCCUCAAGCACAAAGUAGCACAGAAGAGGGAGGAUGCUGUUUCCAAAGAAGUGACUCGGAAACUUUCUGAAGCUGAUAACAGAAAGAUGUCUCGGAAGGAGAAAGAUGAAAGAAUCUUGUGGAAGAAGAAUGAAGUUGCUGAUUAUGAAGCCACAACAUUUUCCAUCUUCUAUAACAACACUCUGUUCCUGGUUCUGGUCAUUGUUGCUUCCUUCUUUAUACUGAAGAACUUCAACCCUACAGUGAACUACAUUUUGUCCAUAAGUGCUUCAUCUGGACUCAUUGCCCUCCUGUCUACUGGCUCCAAGUAGACCCUGUAGCUUGGCCCCCGCCUUUGUAUCUAUGGGUGGCCUGUGGUGGAUGGAAAAGUAUCAGGGUGGCCAGGUUGGGAGACACACAAGAUGUUUUUAUAGUCUGGAGUUUGAGGGAUAAAAAUGCAAUAGAAUGUAAUUUAGUGUUUGUUUAUUGGUUCUUUUUGACUGAUUGUUGAAAUUAAAUGAAUUUAAGGGAAACUCAGAGUACCAGGACAUUUAUUAAGGCAAGAAGUCUUGCAACGUGCUGUAAUCACAAGAGAAGAAAAUAACUUGUUUCCUACAGCUGUCAGAGGUCACGGUAACCUGGACUGAGCUGUUAUUAUUUAUAAUAGGAGGAAGAAGUUAAUAGCUGGUUCUCUGUGUUCCAAGCACAAUAUUACAACUUUUGACUGUAAAUCUCAGAGUGAAUCCUCUUCCCAAGGGAUUAAACAGAAGUCUCUGAGUUUGUAAUUUAUAAUAACUCAAACACAUGGCCUCUCCACUUCGACGGAGAGAACCUUAGAGCUUUUUUUUUUUUUUUUUUUUUUUUUAAGAAAGGCAGCCAAGGUAGUGACCUAAAAAUAGUACCCUGCUAUGAAUGUUGGCCUGUGAAGCUAAAGCACACACUGUUCGGCGGUAUGGCUUUGGCCCUGGGCGGUAGGGAGGUCAGCUUGACCCCGCCUUAUUGGUUUGAUGUGUGAAGUCACUGGAAUCAUUGUUUUCUGUGAGCAGGCUCUCGGCACCACAGGCAUAAUCGUAAGUGGGAAAGCACAUCUUUCCUGAUUAUUGACACUUGAGAGACCAAAAGACUUUUUUUUAUGAACCUAGCCCUGGAAUGCAGUGACCUCUCCAAGGAAUUUACAGUGGUUUAAAAGGAUUGUCAACAUUUCCUAUGAGUACUUUAAUAAAUUUGUCCCCUUUUGCCCAGGGUUCCUGCCAAUUAUGAACAAACUCUGAUCAUAGGUUUUGGGGUUUAGCAGAAGAGCAGCCUCACAUCGUGUCCCCCACCCUACAACAUGUGCAGAUUGCAUGUUUCAUGAUUUCCAGAUUUGCAUAACUUUACACUUAGGGUCAUUGACUUCAUAUUUCUGUUUACUGUUCACCACACCUGGGCACUUCCUACAAAUGGCACCUCAAAGGGAAAUACUCCUAAUCCUUAGUUUCUACUUGUAAACUUAAGAGGAACAUACAAUACUAUUUGUAACUUUAAAGAUGUAUUUACCAAGAGUUGAGCUAUUUUUGUCCUGGUACAUGAAGUUUCAGUAGUCUGCAUUACGAACUUAGGAAGCCUGGAGGAGUGUCUUUAUAUGGUCACCUUACUUCUCAAGCUUCUGGACGUGUUCAGCUCUUCGUUGUGGUGCAUUGUUACCUGAGUACCAGGCAAUGUGGAACAAAUAGGAAAUGAGGAGAGAUGCAGUGCAGAGUGUAACACACAUGAGGUAGGGUGCUUUGUUCUUCUGUUUUAAUCAGUAUUUGGCUGGUAACAGUUUGUGUGCAGGGUGUUUAUCUAAUAAAAUAAUUGGGUGCAACAUCAAGCUCCUUCUAAGUGACUGCUGCAAGCGUGCCACUAGGUGGCAGUGCCUGUGUAGAUGGGAAGAAGGUCACCACCAUUAUUUGAUAAUAUUGUCAGCAGCUCAGGAAUGGUGAAACAGAGGUCCCAGCCUCAGAUUUUUAAUUCUCUUUAAUUAGUAACCAAAAUUUGCUGGGUGAGUAAUUGUGCAGUUUUUUUUCUGCCCUGAAUGUUUCCUACAGCUGUCUUUGCAUUUAACUCCCAAAAUGUCCUCUGUCUCUGCGCCCCCAGAGAAAUUUCUGUGUACAAACUCAUAGCCAGAUCUGAUGGCUCCCUUAAAGGAUUUAAUGUCUGAAUCCUUCACACUUAGAAAUGUGGGCCCUGUUCCCUAAUCUAUUCUCCGUAGUCGAACAUGGCAAGUAGAAUUAUGAAGUGUUGAGUUAGACACAUAGACAGUAAAAUCCUAUGGCAGAGUUUCUAUUUUAAAAGGACCCCCUGCGUAACACCAGUAAAACAGGACACUCAAAAGUGCUUGCUUUUUUUUCCAUAUCUGUAAUAGGUAGAAUAUUAGUGUUAAGCAUUUUUCAUUUCUUGAUUUAUUCAUUGCUUAAUAAGUCUUGUAUCUAAAUUUACAGCUUGUACUGUUAUUGUUUGAACUUGGGAAGAAUACUUUGAAACAGGAUUUGAAGUUAAUUGAAAUAAUGGAGGUUGAAUUUAUACUCAACAUUCUUACAAAAGCCUUGUUUUUAACAAGUAUGAUUAAACUGUUUUUAAAAAUGUG